GUGUAAAUGUUUUGCAGUUUGUUCUGAAAGAUUUCAGUGUUGUGUGUGUUUUUCCGGCAUUAAAACACAUUUCACGGCUGGUGUCGGUUGUUUGAGGAGCGAAAAAUGGUGAAAAACUGCUGUCUUAAUAGCAGAAAGUUAUUUGAUGCUGUUAUCUUGUAGGUGAAGUGUGGGAAAAUGAGUGAAAAUUGAAGAAAAAGUUGAGCGUUGGGGUCAAAAAGUUCCUUGUUUUUUUUUCUUAUUGUGCGGAGCGUGCUUUUGUGUGCGUUGCAUUUUUCUCUUUGUCGUGUUUGUGUGUGUGUGUGUUGUUUAUAAAAUGAUGAAAAUAAUCGGUGCCACUUGACUUAAAAAAAAAAAGAAAAACAAGAGUAUGUGAGAAAAAAGAUAAUACAUUAGGUGAAUUAGAAAUUACAUAAAGUGUGUGACAAGUGGAGGCUUUCCAAGAAAAAUCUAUCUGAGAUUUUCCGAUAGAGACGGAGAGGCUGAAAAAAUUUGUCAAAUAUUAGUGAAAAAGAAUCAUUUCGAGAAAGAAAAUGCAUUGCAAAAGUUUUUUAUUCACUUUUUUCCUCUUCGCUGUGUUGUCUUGCACACGAGACACUGCGGAGGCACUAGAUGCCGGGACCACAGCUGAUACUCAUCCGGAAGUCACAACAAAAACAUCCACAUUUCGACCAAUAGACACAUCAAUUACUUCAUCAAAUCCUCCAACAUGUCCCCCAUCACACUUUGCGUGUCGCGAUGGAACAUGCAUUCCAUUGUUUUGGAAGUGUGAUUCAAAUACAGACUGUGAUGAUGGUUCUGAUGAACCACCUGAAUGUGCCCAUUCUUUGGGAUGUCUUGAGGGUCAAUUUCGAUGCACAGGCACACAAAAGUGCAUUCCCAGUGGGUGGCUGUGUGAUGGGGACUUUGACUGCGGGGUUCACAAGAAGACACUCAUCGCUGAUCAAUCUGAUGAGAACAACGAAAAAUGUGUUAACGUAACGAAAUGUCCACCUAAUAAGGUGGCAUGUGAGCCGGGAGUUUGUUUGGAAAUUGAAAAAUUUUGCGAUGGAAAGUGGGAUUGUGUCAAUGAUGAAUUGAAUUGCUCGAAGAAUCUCUCAAGAUGUGGAUCUCUCAAAUGUUCUUUUGAUUGUCGAGACACCCCUGAGGGGCCUAAGUGCUUUUGUCCACCUGGACAGGAGCCAAAUGGUACAGCGUGUCAAGAUCUCGAUGAAUGUAAAAUUGAGGGCACAUGUGAUCAACUUUGUACAAAUCUCCCAGGCAGUUUUCGCUGUUCUUGCGUAGCUGGAUACACCAAUAUCAAUUCAAGAUGCCAGGCUAUAAAUGUGCCAAAGGAGGAACCUCCGUCUCUAGUGUUUAUUACACAGAAAGAUCUUCGUCGAGUGGGAAUGAAUGGGGAUCUCUGGUCAUUUAAUCCUGUCUAUCCUGUACAGAAUCCAAUAGCACUUGAAUUCUGGCAUCGGAACCGAAGUGUUUGUCUUCUCAGUCCGUCCGUGGACGGUGUUGUGGAAUUUUACUGUCACAACAUUGAUAAUUUCAGCAAGCGAUGGCAGCUACCACUUCCCGAUGCCUAUCUCAAUCUCGAUACAGUUGAGCAGGUGAUGCUCGAUUGGAUUUCAGGCAAUUGGUAUUACUUGGAUGCUGGAAAAGAGAUUGUCUUUGUCUGCAAUAGUCAAAUGCAACAUUGCACGGUGAUACUGGAGAAAGACAUGAGAACGGUGAGAGGAAUGGCUAUUGAUCCAACGGCAGGAUUUAUCUUUUUCACAAAAUGGGGCAAUAAUCCGGCAGCUCUGGAACGAUGUCUCCUUGAUGGAAGCAAUCGCACAAAACUCGUAACGCACAAAAUAGUUUAUCCAAAUGGCGUGACUCUGGAUCUGGCCAAUAAGCACGUGUACUGGGUGGAUACGUACAUGGAUUUUAUCGAAAGGGUGAAUUACAAUGGGCAAAAUCGCUGGAGCAUUAAGAAACAAUCCACUGAUAUGACACUCAUUCAGUCUCUGCAUGGCAUUACGAUUUUCGAAAAUGUUAUUUAUGUGACUUCUUGGAAGAAUCACACGGUAAUUGCAUUGGACAAAUUUACCACAGAGGCUCGUGUACUUGUGGCAAAUUCUUCAGUUCCGGUGAGUAUUCAUGUAUUCCAUCGCCAAAGGCAACCGGAAGUAUCUCAUCCGUGUCGCGAGAGAAAUGGCGAAUGUCAGCAUCUGUGUAUUCCGCUUUGGAAGAAGAAUGUGGCCACAGCUCAGUGUCUCUGUGCUCCGGGAUAUCGCCUGAAGGGCCGAACUCAGUGUGUUCUGGUCAAAUUCUCAUCUUUCUUGGUCUAUGCCCGUGAACAACCUACAAUGAUAAAGGGCAUUCCCAUGAAGAAACAAUCUACAAUACAGGAUGCUAUUGUGCCCAUUGCCAAUAUUGAAUGGCCAGUUAAUCUGGAUAUUGGAGUAAAGGAUCAGGUGAUUUUCUUUGCGCACAAAGAUAGAAAAACGCACACAUUCACGAUUGAAAGCCAGAAAAUUGAUGGAACUCAGAGGAAAAUUAUCAUGGGAAAUAUAACAUCAUGCAAUGGAAUAGCUUAUGACUGGAUGGGUGGGAAUCUCUUUUAUACUGAUUCCACCUUCAAUUUGAUAUCAGUGGUGAAGGUGGCAGAUCCUCCAAUUGCCAAAACUCUCAUCAUAGAUGGAAUCGUUCAUCCAGAUGCAAUUGUUGUGGAUCCCCAGCGUGGAAUGAUGUACUGGACAACGUGGGUUGUUAAUGGGUAUAUUGGGUCAAUUCAGAGCGCCUGGAUGGAUGGGACACAUCGUGAAGUGUUGGUACAAUCCAAUUUGCACUGGCCUACGGGAUUAACAAUUGACUACCGAGGUAAAAAGUUGUACUGGUGUGAUCCCAUAAUGCCACUGAUUGAGCGAGUGGACUUGGAUGGGAAGAAUCGUCAAUUGCUGUACAAUGGCAUGGCUGAACAUUUUUAUCCCCAUUCAAUGGCCUUUAAUGGGGAAAUGAUCUUCUGGACGGACAAUGUUCAGGGCAAUAUUCGGAGUCUUGUGCUCAAUGGUGGCGAUGUGCAAGAUUCUGGAGAACCUUUGUUGUUUGAGAAGAGUUUGUUAGGAAGUAUGAAGAUUUUUGACAAUUCCAGUCAAACUGGUACAAAUGCCUGCACAGAUAAUAAGAAUUGUCCAGGAGUUUGUUUGAUGACACCUCAGGGAUCUGUUUGUAAAUGUGGGGAUGGUUUUUCUCUGAAUGCCAGUGGAACAACGUGUAUUCCGAGAGAAAAUUAUGUUCCACCGACAGAUUGUUCCCCUGGCUUCUUCCGGUGUCGCUAUCCGCAGCAUCUCUGCAUUGAGGAGAGAUUUCUGUGCGAUGGGGACAAUGAUUGUGCUGAUGGCAGUGAUGAAGCUGUUGGACUUGAUGGGCCAUGUUCAGCUAAAGAGCAUUGCAAUGUAACAGCAGGAUAUUUUCAGUGCGAUGGCAAUCGCUGCAUUCACAAUUCCACAGUUUGCGAUGGUAUUGCCCAUUGCAUCGAUGCGAGCGAUGAAGAUACUAAACUCUGCCCGAGUAUCAAGUGCACUGACAGUCAGUUUCAGUGCAAGAAAAGUUUGAGGUGCAUCCCAAAUAUUUGGUACUGCGAUCAACAUGCAGAUUGCGGUCCUGGGGAUACGUCAGAUGAGCCCGAGGACUGUGCAGAAUGUGUGGAGUAUGAGUGCCACAAUAAGGUUUGCGUGUCCUAUGAGAUGCUCUGCGAUGGCUUCGACAAUUGCGGAGACAAUUCCGAUGAGAAGGGUUGCAUGAAGGAAUGUCAAUUGGGAGAGAUUUAUUGCAUGCCCAAAGGAUGUCUCAACGAAAGUCUUAUCUGUGAUGGCAUUGUCGAUUGCUUUGAUGCCAGGGAUGAACAACAUUGCGACAAUGUGACUUUGAGUGACAACAAGACAAUUCGACCAGAAGUAACGUGCGGUCGCGAUGAAUUAAAAUGCCUGAAUGGGAUUGAAUGCUAUGCAAAACACUUGCGUUGUGAUUCGGUAUAUGAUUGCUUGGACAAAUCAGAUGAGCUGAAUUGCACAACAAUCAAUCGCCGUCCGAGUUUCAAUGAAACAAUCAAGUGUGAAGAUCCAGACAGAUAUUGCCAUCGGGACAAUACAUGCAUAAGAGUUGAACAACUCUGCAAUGGUGCUGUGGAUUGUUCUGAUGGGUCCGAUGAGGGAUUCCGCUGCAGUGAGAAACUCUGUGACUAUGAGAAUGAAUGUUCGCACUUUUGUCACAAUGCUCCAGAGGGUAUUGUGUGUUCAUGUCCACCUCAUAUGUUCCUCUCUAGCAAUGGCCAUCGGUGUACGAUGGAACAUGCAUGUGAGCAUUGGGGAACGUGUUCGCAGAUUUGCGUGCAGAAGGACAAGAAGUACAUGUGCCAGUGCCAUGAGGGCUUUAUGCUGCAAUUUGAUAAAUUUUCCUGUCGCAGCACAAACAAAGAUUCUCCCUAUGUGAUCUUUAGCAAUCGCCAGGAGAUCCGUGGAGUGGAUCUCAAGACACUCGCAGUGAAAAAUUUCUAUUCAGCCUUGAGGAAUACCAUUGCUCUUGACUUUUACUAUGGCAAUGAUUCCGUACAGAUUUACUGGACGGAUGUGAUUGACGAUAAAAUCUACAGGGCAUCCCUGGUUGGGGAUUCCUUGACUAAUGUCGAGGCUGUUGUUCAGUCGGGACUGUCAACGGCUGAGGGUUUAGCAGUGGAUUGGAUUGGAAUGAAUCUCUACUGGGUGGACUCGAAUUUGGACCAGAUUGAAGUGUCAAAGGUUAAUGGGCGCUUCCGCAGGACUCUAGUAGCCGGAGAUAUGGAGAGUCCUCGGGCUAUAGCUCUUGAUCCACGAGAUGGACUUCUGUUCUGGACGGACUGGGAUGAAGUAUCACCGAGAGUGGAAAGAUGCUCAAUGGCAGGAGAGUACAGGAAGACAAUUAUGCAGGUGCAACAAAUUCAGGGAGCCUGGCCCAAUGGCCUUACUCUGGACUACCAUCAGAGACGAAUCUACUGGAUUGAUGCUCGAUCGGAUUCCAUUCACACGACAAAUUACGAUGGUGAGGAUCAUCAUCUGGUGAUACGAGAUCAGGAAAUUCUUUCGCAUCCAUUUGGUAUUUCACUGUUUGAGAAUCAUGUCUACUGGACAGAUUGGAGAACGAAUUCUGUGAUUCGUGCCAAUAAGUGGAAUGGUUCGGAUGUUGCUGUGAUUCAGAGGAAGCUAACCCAACCAUUUGGCAUUCAGGUGCUCCAUUCGAGUAGGCAGCCUGUCGACGGGAAGAAUCCCUGUGGAGAGAAUAAUGGGGGAUGUUCGCAUUUGUGCUUACUGAGCACAAAUGGAACUUUCAGGUGUCAGUGUCCGCAUGUGAUGCGUCUGGAUAAGAAUAAUCGAACGUGCAUUCCCAAUGAGCAAGUUUUGCUCUUUGUUACGGGAUCUGAGAUUCGUGGGGUAGAUCUGUAUCAGCCAAAUCACCAUACAAUUCCCACAAUUAGUCACACCACUCAGGUGUUGGCUCCAGCAAAAAUUGACUUCUUGGUUAAUGACAGUAGGCUGUACUGGUCAGAUGUUCAGCUCAAUGAGAUUAAAACUUCGGGGCUGUCCAAUGGACCCAUUGAAACAAUUCUCGAUACUGAUAUUCCACUGCCAGUUGGAUUUGCCAUUGACUGGAUUGCCAAGAUAAUGUUCGUGUCGUCCGGAAGGACGGAAUGUCGAAUUGUGGCAUGCAAUCUUCAGGGUGAAUAUGUCACGGAGAUUCACACAAAACUGCCUACUGUGACGAGUAUUGCUGUUGAUCCUACGCAUGGGAAACUCUACUGGUCACAGGGAAGUGUCAACAAUACUCACAGAAUCAUGAGGAGUGCCAUGGAUGGAAGUAAAGUGGAGAUUGCUACUUCCACGGAUAAGAGUAUUGACAGUCUGACGAUUGACUAUGAAAGUAGGAGGCUCUACUACGUUUUUCCACUUGUGGGAGCCAUUUAUUACUUCGACAUCUUGAGGAAAACAACUCAUGAAGUCCUUGCGAUGCAGAAUCCCCAAGUUUACGUUGGAAGUGUAACAGUUUAUCGUGAUAACAUUUACUAUGCCGAAAAUUCCGACAAUACCAUCCGGAAAUGUGACAAAAAUCAAUGUGUCGAGAGUGAGAUAAUAAGAAACAAUACAGCUGGAGUUCAUUCUCUGCGAAUGUUCUUCCCAGCUGCUCAAACUGGCACGAGUUCGUGUGCUAAAAAGGUUGCUGCAUGUCAGCAUUUGUGCCUGGCCACUGGGCAGUUUUCUAGUGAAUGCAAAUGUGCCAUUGGAUACCGGGAAGAUCCGAAAAAUCCCUCAAGAUGUGUGGGAACUGAAGAGUUUCUGCUGUACUCACUGAGCUAUGAGCUCAAAGGGUUACCGAUCUUUGAGAAUAUCGAGGCAUAUGAGUCAAGUGGGGAAAAAAGUGUCUUAGCACCAAUUUCGAGAAUUUCUCUGGCCGCUAGCAUUGAUUACCAUGCCAUGAGUGAUUUAAUUUUCUGGGCAGAUAGUGAACGUGGUACAAUUACCAAGAUUCGACGUGAUGGUACGGGAAGGGAAGUGAUUCUGCAUCAAUUUGAUCUACUUGAUAGCAACAAUAGUGAUUCUCCUUCGGGAAUUGCUGUAGAUUGGGUGGCUCAGAAUAUUUACUGGAGUGAUGAGAAGAGGGAUUUGAUUGAAGUGGCGAGGUUUGAUGGAUCAUAUAGAUAUGUUGUGGCAGCAAAUUUGAACAAACCAACAGCUCUGGCUGUUGAUCCAAAGGCUGGACUCAUUUUCUACACGGGUGACCAUCAAAUUGGCAUGAUUGGAAUGGAUGGAAGUUCAUCAUUUGUCUUGUACAAUCAGUCAGUGGCCGAUUGCAAUAUCUUCCUGGAUAUUGACAAUCAAGUGGUCUACUGGGUGGAGAUGCAGACGGGAAAAGUGAAGAGGAUGGAUUACGAUGGACAUCAGGUUACCACUCUCAUUUCAGAAGGACUUACAAAUCCCGUAGCUGUUGCAAUUGCAGACGGAAAACUCUUCAUAGCUGAAAGUAUUCAUCAGAGGAGCACUAUCAAAGUAGCUCCGCUGUCCAAUCUCACGGAUAUCACCAUUAUUCGAACGGAAGCUAGCAGUUUGAGAGAUUUAAAGGUUUUCAGUCGACACGUGCAGAAAGGUACAAAUCCGUGUGAAUUGGAUAAUGGCGGUUGUCAGGAAUUGUGUUUGUACAAUGGUUCUCAUCCAGUUUGUGCAUGCUCCCAUGGGAGAAUCUCAGCUAAAGAUGGGAAGUCGUGCGAAGAUUAUGAGAAUUUCUUGAUUUACUCCCGCAUGACUUCCAUCGAGAGUAUUCAUCUCACUGAUCACACGAAUCUCAAUGGGCCAGUUGCAAAGAUUCAAAAUUCCACAAUGAUGAAGAAUACAAUCGGAUUGACGUAUGAUUAUCGCCGUGGACGAAUUAUUUAUUCAGAUAUCCACUCUAGCACAAUAAAUUGGGUAAUGUUCAAUGGCACAGAUCAUCGAAUGAUUGUUAAUAAGCAGAUUUCCGUGGAAGGAUUGGUAUUUGAUGAUCUGAGUGAUCAACUGUUCUGGACGAGUAAUAUUGAUGCUUCAAUUCGAUCCAUCUCAAUGAGAAAUAUUUCCUGGGAUCAUCCAGCAAAUAAUACAAAUCUCGUUAGGAUUGUGAUGAAGCUGAAGACUGGAGAUAAACCCCGUGGAAUUUCGGUUGAGAGUUGCAUGUCAAUGGUGUAUUGGACGAAUUGGAAUCAAGUUACACCGUCCAUUCAGAGAGCCUACAUUUCCGGAUAUGGCCUAGAAAGUGUCAUUACCACGGAUAUUCGAAUGCCAAAUGCCAUAACACUUGACUACGAAGCUCAUAAGUUGUAUUGGGCUGAUGCUAGAUUGGACAAAAUUGAAAGGGCUGACUAUGAUGGGUCUCAUAGGAUUGUCUUGGCCCAUUCAACACCAAAGCAUCCCUUCUCAAUGGCUGUCUAUGGAGAUCUUUUGUUCUGGACAGAUUGGGUACUGCAUGCUGUUAUCCGAGCUAACAAAUACUCAGGCAGCGACGUUGUGUAUCUGCGGAAGGAUAUUGGACGACCCAUGGGCAUUGUGGUUGUCCAAAAUACCACUCAAGACUGCUCAGCAGACCCGUGUAAAGUUCUCAAUGGUGGCUGUGAAGACCACUGCAGUGUCGAUAAGAAUCUCAAAGUGAAGUGUGAGUGCACAAGAGGUCGCUUAGCACCAGAUGGAAAACGCUGUUUACCAGUAAAGUCUUCUUCUUGUCCACCGGACAAUUUUGUGUGUUCUUCUGGAGGUUGUAUUCCGUUCCAUUUGACUUGUGACUCAGUUCAUCACUGUCCGGAUGGUUCGGACGAACAGACGGCCUACUGUGCCUUCCGCAUGUGCCCCACGAACUUCUUCCAGUGCGACAAUCACAGGUGUAUUCCACAAAAUCAAACUUGCAAUGGUGUUCAGAACUGCGGAGAUGGCAGUGAUGAAGCUCACUGCAAUUGCACCGAUGAACACUUUAGAUGCAACACAGGACAGUGCAUUCCAGCUAAAUACAGAUGCGAUGGUGAUCCUGACUGCCCUGAUCUUUCGGAUGAAAUCAACUGUGAACGUCGGAGUUGUCAUCUGAGUUCUCUGACCAAUUCCGAAGAUGUUCUUCAGUGCGAGCACACGACGGCCUGCUACAUGCGUUCCUGGAAAUGUGAUGGUGAAAAUGAUUGCUGGGAUGGAAGCGAUGAGAUGGAUUGUCCAGUGACGGAGAAGCCAACGUGCCCAUCGGACAAAUUUACAUGUCCCAAUGGUCAGUGUAUUGCUCUGGAGUGGCGAUGCGAUGGCGAAGAUGAUUGCAUGGAAGGGAUUGGAAUGGCAGCUGAUGAGAUGAAUUGCACUCAUCGCUGUCUGCACAAUCAGUUCACGUGCCAGAAGGACAAUUCGUGCAUUCCGGCAUCGUGGCAGUGCGAUGGGCAGCCCGAUUGCACGGAUGGAAGUGAUGAGGGGGAACACUGUCGGCAAACGUCAUGCCCGGAACAUGGUUUUCUCUGCAACAGCACAGGGAGGUGCAUUUCGCAGAUGUGGGUAUGCGAUGGAGAUCGAGAUUGUGCUGGGGGGGAAGAUGAGGCACCAAUUAGGGAUUGUGGUGCUCCGAAUUCUUGCUCAAUCUUUUCAUUUUAUUGCAAAACUGGGGUAUGCAUUGAUAUGCAGUAUGUCUGCGAUGGUGACAUUGACUGCGAAGAUGGGAGUGAUGAGUUGCCAGGAUGUACGCCAGGAGCAUUUGCCCAUCCUGAGUGUGGACCUGGGAUGUUCAGGUGUGCCAAUAGGAAGUGUAUUCCGAAGAAUUUUACAUGCGACUACCGGACAGAUUGCGAAGAUGCCAGUGACGAAGAUCCGGAAAUGUGUGAGAAUUCGGAAUUCAAAUGUGUUGGAUCUAAGCAUUUCCGAUGCGAAACUGGGGCUUGCAUUUCUGAAGCUGAUCUCUGCAAUGGACGCGAUGACUGUGGAGAUUUCAGUGAUGAACUUCCGUGUGGCGUGAAUGAGUGUGAAAAUAUUGAAAUGCCAAAAUGUGCUCAUAAUUGCGUUGAUAAGAAAGUUGGAUACGAGUGUACGUGCAAUGAAGGCUUCCGGGUGAGUACAAUUGACAGGACACUCUGUGAAGAUGCCAAUGAAUGCUACGAUCGACCAUGCAGUCAAAUCUGCACAAAUACGUACGGAUCUUACCAUUGUUCCUGCAUCGAAGGCUUCUCGAUGCGCGAUCGGAACAAUUGCAAGGCAGACACUGAUGAGGAACUUCGUCUCAUCUUUUCCAAUCGCUACUACAUUCGCGAAGUGGAUUUGUCCGGGAAGAUGACUCUCCUGGUGCACAAUCUGUCGAAUGCUGUGGCUCUGGACUUUGACUGGAAGACUCAGUGCUACUUUUGGUCCGAUGUGACAGUCACUGUGGGGUCAAUAAGACGAUGGUGUCCAAAGGAAAACCGUACAGAUGUCCUGCAUCAGUCACUGCUGCAGAAUCCUGAUGGAUUGGCGGUGGAUUGGGUGGGCAGGAAUUUGUAUUGGUGUGACAAGGGACUGGAUACAGUUGAAGUGUCCACGCUCGAUGGGAAGUUCCGUAGGGUGUUGAUAGGGGAGAACUUCAAGGAUUUGCAGGAACCACGGGCAGUUGUGCUGGAUCCCUUCAAUCGGUAUCUCUACUGGACAGACUGGGGUGAUAGGCCGCACAUUGGGAAAGCCGGAAUGGACGGAAGCAAUCCUAAAAUCCUCAUCAAAGAUGAUUUAGGAUGGCCCAAUGCACUAACAAUCAGUUUUGAGACCAAUGAAAUCUUCUGGGGCGACGCUCGUGAAGAUUUCAUUGCUGUCAGUGAUUUGGAUGGUAAAAAUCGCAAAGUAAUUCUGUCUCGGACAAUCAAUCCGCACGUUAAUUUGCAUCAUGUAUUUGCAAUUGCUGUUUGGGAAGAUAGAAUUUACUGGACAGAUUGGGAUACAAAAUCCGUGGAAUACUGUCAUAAGUACUCAGGAACGAAUUGUUCAACUCUUGUUCACACAAUUCAUCGUCCCAUGGAUAUUCGUGUGAUUCAUCCUUAUAGGCAGCGUGAGGUGAAAGACAAUCCUUGCCUCACGGCAAAUUGCUCAACACUGUGUCUCUUGGCACCAAAUGAUGCUGGCUAUCAGUGUGCUUGCCCGGAUAAUUUCUAUUUGGGAUCCGAUGGAAAGUCUUGUAUAGCAAAUUGCACAGCUUCUCAGUUUAACUGCAAGAAUACCCACAAAUGUAUUCCGUUUUAUUGGAAAUGUGACGGAAUGGAUGAUUGUGGGGAUGGAAGUGAUGAACCUGGAAAUUGUCCGGCAUUUGCCUGUGUACCUGGGCAGUAUCAGUGCACAAAUAACAAAUGUAUUCAUCCGAGUUACAUUUGCGAUGGCACGGAUCAGUGUGGAGAUGGAUCCGAUGAAACAAAUUGUGACAAUUACGUUUGCUUCAACACACAAUUCAAGUGUCCAAGAUUUGAAAAUAUUACGUCACAUUGCAUCGAAGGGACAAAGCGCUGUGACGAGAAAGUUGAUUGUUCGGGUGGAGAAGAUGAGAAAGAUUGCCCGGCAAAGUCGUGCUCAACUAAUCACUUUCAGUGCGCCAAUGGGAGAUGUAUACCCAAAGUGUGGGUUUGUGAUGGUGAUAUUGACUGUGUCGAUGGCAGUGAUGAACGAGAGUGCAGACGCCGAGAAUGUCCUUCCAGUGAAUUUAGAUGCAAAUCCGGAAGAUGCAUUCCACAUUCUUGGCGCUGCGACGGUGAGCGUGACUGUCCGCAGGGUGAUGAUGAACCGAGUGAAUGUGGCCUUUCUCAGCCAACUUGUGAGCCUCUUCACUUCCGCUGCAAUAAUUCCAAGUGCAUUCCAGCACGCUGGAAGUGCGACUAUGAGAAUGAUUGUGGGGACAAUAGUGAUGAAGUGAAUUGUCAGAGUAGAAAUUGUUCAGAAUCGGAAUUCCGAUGCGGUGAUGGAAGAUGCAUUCGGGGCAAUCAUAGAUGCGAUGGUGAAUUUAAUUGUGAAGAUCGCAGUGAUGAAAAAAAUUGUUCAGUGACUUGUGCUAAGGAUCAGUUUCAGUGCCUUGGAGCAGCUCUCUGUAUUCAUUCCAGUCACAGGUGCGAUGGAGACGAUGACUGUAUCGAUGGCAGUGACGAAAUGAAUUGUGAUUGCUUACGUACGGAAUUUCGGUGUCGCAAUGGACGGUGCAUUUCCAAUCGCUUCCGCUGCGAUGGCUGGAAUGACUGUCUCGAUGAGAGUGACGAAGAGUUAGCUGCAUGUGCUGUAUGUCACCAAACUGCCUUCCGGUGUCGCAAUCACAAGUGCGUGAGUCGUUCGGUGCUCUGUGAUGGUCACGAUGACUGUGGCGAUGAGAGCGAUGAACAGAAAUAUGUAUGUCAGGAGUUGCACAAAUGUCUCCCACAUGAAUUCCGCUGCUCCAGCGAUGGGGCAUGCAUUGAGCGGACUUUUGUGUGCGAUGGUCAACCAAAUUGUCCCGAUGCAAGUGAUGAGAUGAAUUGCCGAGAGGCAGCUUGCAGUUUUGGGGCUUGUUCGCAGGUGUGCCUGGAGAAGAAGGCUGGCAAUUACAGUUGCAAAUGUCUGCCGGGAUAUGUCAAGGGACAACUCAAAAAUGAUACUUGUCGUGCCACGGGCAGGGAGAAAUUCCUCCUGAUUGCAGCAGAGAGUGAAUUCCGCUUUUUGGCACCUGAAAAACCCGAUGGGAGUCUCGUGAUGGGAUUUGCCCUCCCACCAACAUCCAGGAUUACAGCUUUUGAUAUUCUAACCACCGAAACGGAUCUCAUCAUUUUCUGGAUUGAUUCCUACAAUAAUCACAUCAUGAAGCUCAAUGCCAAGGAAUUUGUGGUGGACAAGAAGAGAUCUUCCAAGCCCUAUGAUUCCAAUGCAGAAAAAAGCAAUUCGAGAGUCAAAAGGGAUUCAGGAGAUGGAUUGGUGAUUGUAAAUGGAUUGGGAAAGCCUGUGGCAUUGGCAGUUGAAUGGAUAACUCGUCGUCUUUAUGUGAUUGACGCUAAAAUUAAUACGAUCAUAACGACAGAUCUUGAUGGAAAUGGAUUAGUAUCACUUGUGUCUACUGGACAUGAUCCUAUUGACUUAGUUCUCGAUCCAGCCAUGCGACAAAUGUUCUGGACAACAAGUUCAGUCAAUGGAAUCCUCACGGCAGGUCUCGAUGGAACAGGCAAGAGGAUUAUUGUGCCAUUGGAGUAUCAGUGGGCAACGAGUUUGGCCCUUGAUUAUGCUACCAAUCGCCUCUACUGGACAACUCACAUUGGCGGAGUUGAGAUGGUCAAGCUCAAGGGAAUGGACAAACCAGUUGAACAUCAUAUUAUUUGGGGACUGAUGCCAGAAAAGAGUCGCGCCAAGAAGAUUGAUGUCUUUGAGGAUUCAGUCUACUUGACACUUCACAAUCAGACAAUUGUGAAAAUUAGUAAAUUUGGCCGUGGAAAUGCAACAGUUCUCUUGAGAGCUAAUCACAGAAGUGCCACUAUUCGAAUGGAACAUCCACUGAAGCAGAAUUCAAAUACUUCCAAUCCAUGUCUUCAGCAUCCUUGUCGCAUCAACGUCACUUGCCUCCUUUCGCCAACAAAUUCAGCCGAAAGGAAUUGUGUCUGUUCGGACGAUAUGUUGAAAAAUGACGAAAAUCCUGAGUCAAUCACUUGCACGGCACUGGAGGAUCUUCCUUCAGUUUGUAAUCUACCUUGCAAUUCUGGAACGUGCAAAUUCGAGAAUGGAGAGUCCAAAUGUUCCUGUCCACCUCAAUAUACUGGAGAAUUUUGCGAACAUUAUCGCUGUUCUGGUUACUGCAAGAACAAGGGCAUGUGCUACAUCGAUCUAAUUGCUGCCAUUCAGAGUAGAGACAAUGAACCGCCACCGUUACGAUGCAACUGCCCCAGUGCCUGGACGGGCGAGAGGUGCGAAAUCAGUGCGAGUAUGUGCAGGAAACACUGCCACAAUGGGGCAGCGUGUAUCGAUGGCGGAAAGAAUGGACCACAGUGCAUCUGUGCUCCGGGUUUUCAAGGAAGUCGCUGUGAAUACUGCUCUGAUCUAAUGUGCGACAAUGGCGGUGUUUGCCGAAAGACGGUGAAUGGGGUCAGCGCCUGUGACUGUCCAGAUCGUUUCUCUGGUAGAAUGUGCGAGAUAGACUCAUGUGCCAACUAUUGUUCGAAGAAUGGCAAAUGUCAGAACUCCAUGGCUGGCCCAGUCUGCAGCUGCAAUCCGGGUUACACAGGGGCUAAGUGUGAAUUCCCAAUCUGCGAAAAGUGCCAGAAUGGCGGAGUUUGCAGUGGGAAUGAGCAAACAGGAAUUCACUGCAGUUGUCCUAAGAAAUUCACUGGAGAAUUUUGUGAAGUGGACAUUUGUGCAGAGAAUCCGGAGCAUGAGGUCUGUAGUCCAUUGAGUUGUGGUGCCAUCUACUGUCAGAAUGGAGGGACAUGUCUUUCGGAGAAUGGGACAGUUGUGUGUAAAUGCACUAGCGAUUGGACAGGAGAUUCUUGUCAGAAAUUUGUCGGUGGAGCGGAAUGCGACAAUUACUGCGGGAACAAUGGUCUUUGUCAGAUGGAUGCGCAAAAUCAACCUGUAUGUAUGUGCAUUGGUGACUGGACGGGAGAGCGAUGUAUGACACCGCCGGAUUGUCGAGGAGCGUGCGGAGAGUGUGAACCGGGAAAUUCGAUAAAUGAAUGCAGAUGUGCCAGUGGAUUGAUUCAGCCGUGCCGUGAGAUUUUUACAGUGGCAGAAAAGUCCACGAGCGGUACUGUUACGGCUCUUGUAACAAUACUCAGUAUCCUAUUUGCCCUCUUUGCCAUCUUCCUGGUUAUCACUUUGGUCCUCCGACGUCGACGCAUUGGGCAACCUUUUUCCCAUGCUCGACUCACGGAAAAUGUUGAGAUUACCAAUCCAAUGUAUUUGGGUGAUGCUGAUGAUGGGCCAGUGUUUAUUCAGGAGGAAGAUAAGGGGCAUUUUGCCAAUCCGGUGUAUGAAUCAAUGUAUGCCGGAUCGGCAGGUGGGAAUGCUUCGGGGGGUGCUUCAAGUGGGGUUGGAGGGGGCUCAGAGGUGUCACAUGUGGCGCCAGAAGAGAAGAAGGGACUUCUUCAGCAUACUCAAGAUGAAACAUCCAAUCAGGAUAUUCUAUGAUCCGUGCUCAGUGGAUCUCCUCCUACGGAGAUCCCCAAAAGUUCACCCAAAAAAUGUAUAUAGAGCUCAAUGGCUGUUUUUUAAAAAAAAAAGUUUUUUUUUUAAAUGUUUCGUGUAAUUAACACGAAGGUAAAUGAUACAAAGGGGGGACACUUAAGGAAAUUCCCCGUUGAAAUUUCAUCCAGAAAUUUCCCGAGAUGAAUGUGAGACUUCCAGAAAUCAUGAAGAUCGAAUCGCCAUUUCCGUAAGUUCAAUCCUUUUACAAAAUAUAUAUUUUUGAGAUUUUUUUUUAAAUACUGAGCAAUUGUGCCAUGUCCAUGACGUUUUUUUCUCAAUAUAGCAAGGUAGAUUUUUUAUUAGUAAUUGUGGAAAUUCUGGAGAAAAUGGAGGAAAAUCCAACACAGAGAAAAAUUAUUUGUAAAAAAAAUUGUCAGUUUAACAAAAGUUUUGUUAAAAUAUUAUGUGCAAAUUUUUCCAAUGCAUAGAGAAUCUCAGUUAUCAAAGCUUAUUUUGACUAAAAUAAAAACAAAAAAUGAGCUUUUUUCAGAUAAAAAAUUAAUUAAUUUUACAAAUAAUUUUUCUCAGUGUAUAAGGUCCCAAUAUGUUAAGUGAUCAAAAUACUUCUAUUUAGAAUGUGAGAUUAUUUUUUUCCAAUUAUAUAUACUUUAUGGAAUCGUUUGUGAAUUUUUUGUAGUGUUAACAUGGUAAUGAUAAAUUCUUAUCAUUGCACAUUUACAUUUUUGAACGAAUUAAGAAUCUCUUGUGCAGCUAAAUAUCCAAAUGUAUUUAGGGCAGAUUAAAAAAAAAGAACACAAAACUAACAAUGGUGCAGCUAUAAAAAAAAUUUUCCAUCCUUUUCAUGUUUCUCAUAAAAAAAAGAAUCUAUUUAGACGAAAUAUUAGUAAAAAUAAUGAUCUAUCUGCGUAAUUUUUAAAAGAAGAUUAAAAAAAAGAUAUUUCUUGGAAAUAUUGAAGUGCCAUUUUGAUUUAUUUGUGUUAGGAAUCCUCACAGUGAAAUUACCAUAAAGAUGAUGUAUGUAAUGUUUAAGACAAUAUAGGGCAAAGUUUUCAAUAAGUCUAAGACUGUAAUUUUUAAAUAAAAACAAAAUAAAGAAAGCAGAUUAGUGAA